GCCAUGGUGUGAUAUGCCUGUUCAAGACAAGCCUAGUCUACAAAGCAAAUUUCAGGCCUGGUAUGGCUACAUUAUAAAACUUUUUCUUAAAAAAAAGUAAGGAAAACUCAGGCUGAAAAUUUAAAGUGACUUAUCCAAGGUCAUACACCCAGGUGGUUCUCCAUACUUACAGGCUCCAAUGCCCUUGAGUGAGAAUUUGUCUCAUACAAAUUAAUUGAAAACUAAGAGGUGUCUGGGUGGUGUGGGGUAUUAGGUGGCAAAGAUUGGGUGUCAGAAGCAGGAACAAGGGUGACACAGGAAAUGGAAAGAGGAGGAGGCAGAGGGCUCAAGGGAGAGGUCAGAGCUAAAGAGGCCACACCCUCCCAGUUCAUCCUGCGCUGGGUUCCUCUUUCCUGAGCAGAACAGCCCAGAUUAAGCCAGGCCUCCUCUCUGUAAGAGAGUACAAAGACGUAGUGCUCAAAAUGCUUGCUGGAAUGCAAGCCCCUCAGUCGUUCCUGCUGCUACUGCUUACCCUGCCAGUCACAGGUUCAGACCCUGUGCUCUGCUUUACCCAGUAUGAGGAGUCCUCUGGCAAAUGCAAAGGCCUCCUUGGGGGAGAUAUCAGUGUGGAAGACUGCUGUCUUAAUGCUGCCUAUGCCUUCCAAGAGCACGCUGGUGGUCUCUGUCAGGCAUGCAGGUCCCCACGAUGGUCACCAUGGUCCUCAUGGGCCCCCUGCUCGGUUACAUGCUCUGAGGGGUCCCAACUGCGACACAGGCGCUGUGUGGGCAGGGGUGGGCAGUGCUCUGAGAAGGUGGCUCCUAGAACCCUUGAGUGGCAGCUACAGGCCUGUGAGGAUCAGCCAUGCUGUCCAGAAAUGGGUGGUUGGUCUGAGUGGGCACCCUGGGGGCCUUGCUCUGUCACCUGCUCCAAAGGAACCCAGACCCGUCAACGAGUAUGUGACCACCCUGCUCCUAAGUGUGGGGGCCACUGCCCAGGAGAGGCCCAGCAAUCACAGGCCUGUGACACUCAGAAGGUCUGCCCCACACAUGGGGCCUGGGCAGCCUGGGGCCCCUGGAGCCCCUGCUCAGGAACCUGCCUUGGCGGAACUCAAGAACCUAAGGAGACACGAAGCCGCACAUGUUCUGCACCAGCGCCUUCCCACCAGCCCCCUGGGAAGCCCUGCUCAGGACCAGCCUAUGAGCAUCGGGGCUGCACUGGCCUGCCACCCUGUCCAGUGGCUGGUGGAUGGGGGCCAUGGGGCCCUGUGAGCCCCUGCUCGGUAACCUGUGGCCUGGGCCAGACCCUAGAACGACGAACAUGUGAUCGCCCUGUACCCCGUCAUGGGGGCCUCUUCUGUGCUGGUGAUGCCACUCGGGCCCACAUCUGUAACACAGCCAUGCCUUGCCCUGUAAAUGGGGAGUGGGAGGCCUGGGGGAAAUGGAGUCACUGCAGCCGUGUGAACAUGAAGUCCAUCAGCUGUGAGGAAAUCCCGGGCCAGCAGUCACGCACAAGGAACUGUAAAGGCCGCAAGUUUAAUGGACAGCGAUGUCCUGGGGAAAACCAUGAUAUUCGACACUGCUAUGACAUCCAUAACUGUGUCUUGAAAGGUUCAUGGUCACAGUGGAGUACCUGGGGUCUCUGCACACCACCAUGUGGACCCAACCCCACCCGUGUCCGCCAGCGCCUCUGCACACCUUUGCUUCCCAAUUUCCCGCCUACAGUUUCCAUGGUCGAAGGUCAGGGUGAGAAGAAUGUUACCUUCUGGGGAACCCCACGGCCACUGUGUGAGGAGCUACAGGGGCAGAAGCUGAUGGUGGAAGAGAAACGGCCAUGUCUACAUGUGCCUGCCUGCAAAGACCCAGAGGAAGAAAAACCCUAAAAUCCCUCAAUAAACCAGCCUUUAUAAACUCUUCUAAGAUUCCUUAAAGAAUGGGGGAAACCUGCCCCCUUUCCUUGAUUGAAGCAAUGAAUUUUCUAGAGCAAAGUA